UGAUAUAUGCGCGUGUGUAUAGAUGCAUAAGUGUUAUACUUUCGUAGAUAUGGUAACGAUAUUGAUUUUUAAAAUAAUUCAAUUCAUACACUAUAUUAUUAUAUUUUUAGUAAAAAUGUGGCAAGAUAAUGAAGUUCGUUUCGAUGUUUCUUACACUCACAUGCAGCUACGAUUAGGAGAAUUUACAGUUGACAGACUUGAUUUAAUAGAAGAUACAAAGGGAAAUGCAGGUGAUAUUGGGAGACUUAUAGUAACUAAUCUCAGAAUUAUAUGGCAUUCUUCGCUUCUUCCCAGAAUUAAUCUAAGUAUUGGCUAUAAUACCUUCAUAACAGUAAAUACUAAAACUAUACAUAGUUUACAAGGAAAGCAUGUACAAGCAUUACAUAUUUUAGCUUCCUUUCGACAUUGCAGAUAUGAAUUUCUAUUUACAAAUCAAGAUUUAAAAAGUACAAGACAUUAUACAUCUGUUAUUGGUGUUUACAGAGCAUACAUUUCAUCAAAAAUUUAUCGAGAAAUUAAAUUGAGAAGUGGAAUAAUUAAUGAUAAACAAUUAACGUUAUUACCACAAGAAAUAGUUCAUUCAACAUUGCAAGAUAUUUGGAAUUUAUCAUUAGAGCAGGGGAAUAUUGGAACUUUUAUUAUAACAAAUAUACGUUUAGUUUGGUUUGCUGAUAUGAAUUAUCAAUUCAACAUAUCAAUUCCUUAUCUUAUAAUAGAAAAUAUUACUAUUAAAAAUUCAAAAUUUGGUCCAACUUUAGUCAUUACUAGUUCAGAAUCCAGUGGAGGAUAUAUAUUAGGAUUUCAAGUUAAUCCUAGUCAAAAACUUCAUACUAUUUACAAAGAAAUUUUAAUGUUAUUAAAAGCAUCUGAAAAAUCUCCUAUUUUUGGUGUUGAUUACACGUUUGAACAUCAGGCUCCGUUACAACAAUUAAAUGUAGAACAACAUUCUGAGAUACAAGACAAUCAACCAGAAAUUUCAAAUGUGUUUGGCUAUUAUUUCUCUGAAAGUUCAAAUCAAAGAAAACCUAGUUUUUCGAUUUAUUUAGGUCUUGCAGCAGAAGAACCUCGAGAAACUAGUACACUACAAAGUUUAUGGGAACUCGUGCCUCAAACUUAACUGAUAAAAUCAAUAAACUUUAAAUAUUACAUAAAUAGCAUUAUUUGUAAAAUUUAAAAAAUAAUUAAUGCUAAUACAUCGCAUAUAUCGUUGUACAUCACAUAAGCUUUUAACAUAAAAUAAAUAUAAAAAUUAUUUAAAAUCAAUAUAAAAAGAAUUACUACAGUAACAUAUAUUAUUUUACACUUUUUUUUGACUUUCGUCAUU